AUGGACCCGUCACUACCAGAGCUGGCGCUUGCGCCGCUGCCGAAUGCCCCCCCAAUUGGCUCUGUGCCGCCGUAUAGCACCAGCGUUAGUGGAGAGAGCCCAACUGAACGAUCUCGCGGCCCGCCUGCGGUCAGCUCAUCGGCCGUGUCAAAUAGCAGCGCUGACUCAAAAGCCGCUGGACCUACUACUCCAGCCGCUUGCUUGGCCUGUCGAUCCAAGCAUCUGAAGUGUGACGGCGCAAAUCCAUGUUCGCGGUGCCAGGCCAGCGAUUCCCUAUGUCAAUACGUAGCGUCGCGACGUGGAUAUAAAGGUCCUCGAAGGAACCCGGCCCAGAAUCCCAAUAAGCGGCAUGCUUCUGAUUCACCAAACUCCAAUGGCAGUGAUAGCUGCCCGAUGCUACUCGGCGCCAGCGUAUCGACGCCGGCGGCGCCCAGCCUCGCCAUGUUCAACCCGGCUAUGGGCAUGCCGGACAUCACAGGCUCACCGUUUGGUGCCACGCCGACCGUGUCUGGCCUUCAACUUUAUAGACAGCCAUACCUCGGCGGUGCGAACGACGCGGUGGUGGAACUGAACCACCACAAGCCGCCGCAGUCGAUACCCGAAAGGUGCAUCGAUUCAUUCUAUUACCAUUUCUAUCCUGGCCAUCCUACUGUUCUGCCCAAAGAACGCCUGCUACGCAUGGCCAAGGACAGGGACUUAGAACACCUCUUGGCGGCAAUGAGAUGGGCCGGGUCCCUGUAUUUCGAAGUUGGGCCUCAGCGUGCGACUUUCUUCGAGGCAGCCAUGCGGCUCAUCUAUGCUGAGGACGUUGCAAGAGACGGGUUCCUCGUCCAAGCCAUGCUCAUUCUACUCAUAGGAUUGGAUGGCAGUUGCCAGCAGGAAAAGGCGCGAGACAUUCUAUCUGAUGCCGAGAGAAUCGCCAUUGAGAUCGGACUGUAUCAGAGGUCUUACGCAAUCAAUAAUGGGCAGGGCAAUCCGAUGCUCGAGGAAAGCCUGCGGCGGACUUGGUGGGACCUAUUCGUGGUAGAUGGCAUGGUCGCAGGAGUUCAUCGAGCAACCAAUUUCCUCCUAUUCGAUAUCGUGUCGGACGCUGGCCUCCCCUGUGAAGAACAUCAGUACAUCUCCGGGACCAUUCCUCGGCCACUCUUCCUCCAAGAUUUUGACGAUCAAAUCUUCAGUGGGGAAGAAUUGGAAUUCUCCUCCUUUGCGUACAGAGUUGCAUCGAUCCGCAACCUAGGACGAAUGAUGCGGCUGCCGGAUAGCGUCUUUCCCGGCGACGACAAUGUUGACAGGAUGGAGUCGCACUUGUCAAACUGGCGUAUGCAUCUCCCCGAGUCGAAGCGCGACAGUCUGAACAAAGACUGCCAACACGACGAGAUGAUGUUCCAGGCCCACAUGAUCAACCACGCCUGUUCUAUCAUGUUGCAUCAACCCCAUUCGCAACUCGACUCCUCGCCUGCCCGGGACGUGAAUGCCUGUGCGCCACACCAGAUUGUGCGAAGCGGCGAAAGCUUCAAUACUCAUACUCGACAUAUCGUAACCGCUGCGUCUGCGAUUAGCAAGAUGGUCACGUAUGCUGUGCCCAUAACAUGCCACACCCAUUUCUUCACCUGUGUCUUGACCAUGUCGUCAAUCGUACACCUGAGCAAGUGGGCCUUGUGGUUUGUCCAGAACGACGACGAUCUGCGACAGCUCAUCCGGCUCAACAUUGGCGCGCUCAACAAGCUCAGUUCGGUAUGGUCGGCAGCGGGAAGGGCCUCGGGCCAAGUCAAGGGGGUUGCCCAAGAGAUCUACCGUACCAAGAAGGCUGCCCAGCAGAACAAUGCCUCGUUCUGGGUCGGAUAUACUCAGGAGGAGAUCAUCAGCAGCAUGUCUGCUGAUGAGUCCAUCAUGAGCGAGAUCAACACCAUGCUGCAGCCGGGCACGACUAUGGCGUGA